CCCGGAAGUGACAUCAACAAGUCCUUCCUGCAUCAAGACCGGCAAGAUGGCGGCGGACACGCAGGUUUCAGACACACUGAAGAAAUUUGCUGUGAAAGUGACGACAGCCAGUGUGAAAGAGCGCAAGGAGAUAUUCGGGGCGCUGAAACUGUGUAUAAAGGGCAAAGAGUUACCUGAACCUGCCAUCAAAGGAUUGUGCAAGCUCUUCUGUCUCACUCCACACAGAUAUCGGGAUGCUGCAUCACGCAGAGAGCUCCUCUCUGUCAUCGCCCAGCUGGCUGAGAGUCAGCCGGACGUCCUGGUGAGCUGCCUCCUCCACUGCCUGCUGAACAGCGGGGUCAUCAGCAAAAAUGGAGAGCCCAGUAAAAGCACGGGCUCGGCUGCCUUCAUCGGCUUGUCCUGGACCUGCCUUCUAGUCCCCGGCGUGUUUUCUGCCCCGGAGAAGAAAGAAGGACCCGUCUGGAAGAAAAUGGUGGAGGUUCAGAGCCUUCUUGUAGCUGAAGUGAUGGGUGGAGCCAAGAACACGGCUCAGAAAUCCACCCUCAAGAACCUGAGCCACCUCUGGAAGGAAAACCCCGGGCUGGUGGAUCAGUACAUCAGCACGCUGUUGAGUCUGGAGCAGAGCGCCACCCCUCUGGUGCUGCUGGGCGUGUGCUUCGACUUCUGCACGGCUCAGAAAGACAAAGCUACACUAGAGAAGCACAAGAGUGCCCUGCUGGACCUGUAUAUAAAGUCGGUCCUUAUGAGCAAAACAAAACCACAACAGCACAUUUUGGACAAAAGCGGCUCCUUCCUGCGCCACGUGUCCCACGCUGAGUUCAAGGCGCUGCUCCUCCCCGCUCUGCAGAAGACGAUGCUCCGCAGUCCAGAGAACGCGAUGCAGACCGUGUCCUGCCUGCUGUCGGCGUUAACUCUCGACCUCAGUCAGUAUGGCAUGGAUAUCGGAAAGGCCAUCGCAAGCCAGCUGAAGGCUAAUAAUGUGCAGCUGAUGGAGGAGGCGGUCCAGGCCAUGCAGAACUUGGCCCAGCAGUGCAGUGACCCCUCCGCCGUGCAGGACAUCGUCACUCACCUCUUCAAGAUCCUCGGAGGGUCCGAGGGGAAGCUCACCGUUGUUGCCCAAAAGAUGAGUGUGUUGUCAGGGAUCGCCAGCUGCAGCCAUCACGCCGUGUCCGGAACCUCCAGCCAGACUCUGAGCUCUGCCGUCGCCGUGAUGUUCAUCCCGUAUUUACAGCAAGAAGUUCACGAGGCGACCUUAGUGCAGGCCGUGUCUGUGCUCUCCCGGUGGAGCGGCCGCCUCACAGUGGAAGUUCCCACCGCUCUGCUGGAUUGGUUCAAGAAAGCUUUCACCCUGAAGACCUCCACCUCCCUGGUGCGACACGCCUACCUUCAGGCCAUGCUGGGGGCCUUCAGAGGUGACACUCUGGCCCUGGCCCAGGACCUCGUGCCGCUGCUCCUCCAAUCUGUGGAGAAGGCUGCGGCACAGAACUCCCAGCAUGCUCUGCUCGCAGAAGGUGUGGCAGCUUCUGUUCUUCUGAGUCGUCUGGCCCUGCUGGAGACGCAGACGGAGGCGAAGUACUCCAGCUUCUGGAGCCUGAUCUUAGACGAGAAGAAGCCACUUUUCACCACGGAGAAGUUCCUCUCCCAGGCCAACGACGAAACUCUGCUCACCGUGCUGCUGCUCUGCGAGAGGCUCAUCCUGGACCACGCUCACAGGCUCAGCACCGGCAAGUCACAUAUGUAUCAUCGCGCCACGGUUGCGGUCCUGCUGUCUCGGAGCUGGCGUGUGAGGAAGCGGACUCAGCAGACGAUCAGGAAGCUGCUCUCGUCUCUGGGUGGAUCCAGUCUGGCCCGUGGCCUUCUGGGAGAACUCCGCGUGGUCAUCAACAAACACAAAGUUUUGCCCCAAGACGUCCUGGUGUUGGAGUCCGGAGAGCUGACUGAGCUGGGCCGCAGCUACACCCCCCCUCGUGUCCUGCUGGACGCGCUGUUUGUUGUUUGCUCUGCCGCCGGCCAAUGGGGCGACCCCACCGAAGCAGAGAACCUGGCCAUGGAGAUCCUCAUAGUCACUCAUCAUCCAUCCAUCGUGGGAGCGCGCUGCGGCCUCUGGCCCGUUCUGCUCCUCUCCAUGAACAUCAAAGCAGAAGAAUUCAUAGAGAAGAAUCUGGAGACCGUUCUGCCUCAUCUACUGGAGGCCAGCGCUGACGGCCAGGCGGUGAAAAACGCGGUCGGUGCCCUCUCUGGCCUCUCCCCCACCAAACUGUUACCGCGGGUCAUCGCUCACGUCAUGGAGGGGCUUUCAAAACCCGCUCUUCUUCACAUCACCCGGGAGGAGUACGCCAUCAUGCUGACACCCGAGGGAGAACUGUACGACAACAGCAUCGUCCAGAGUGCACAGAAGGAAAGCACCAAGAAGGUCAACAUGAAGAGAGAGAACAAGGCGUACUCCUACAAGGAACAGAUCAUUGAGCUGGAGCUGCAGGCGGAGCUCAAUAAGAAGAAAGGCAUCAAAGAAGAAUUGCAGCUGAGCAGCAAACAGAAGGAAAUGAUGCAGAUCCAGCAGGACAGGGAGGCCGCUAUCCGCAAGAGACUUCAAGGGCUGGACGUGGAGUUGCAGAGCGUGGUGGGUCUGCUGGAAGCCACUCUGAUAGAGAGACCCGCUCAGAUCACCAUAGAGCUCCCUGCGGUCCUCCAGAGUCUCAUCCCCCUGCUGCAGUCCCCUCUGGCUGCUCCGCGCGUCAUGCAGGUCUUCUUGGACAUCGGCGUGUGCCUCAUGCCCAAACACUUUCACUAUCUCGCCAUGCUCGUGGGACAUGUGACUUUACGAUUGCUGAAGCCAGAGUGUGAUCUGGACGAGGCCUGGGAACAGGAGGACCUGGACACUGCAGCCCAGCGCACCAUACUGCUGCUGCACAACCACACGGUCCCACAGAGAGACGGCAAAACUGACGUGGCUCCGCUGUCUGCUCCAGCGUUCUCCGUCUGCUUCCCGCUCCUCAACGCGGUGGUGAGGGAGUCUUCAGACGGCAUGGAGGAGGAGGAGUACCUGAUGAUCCGAGCCCUGCAAGUCAUCACCGAACACUCGCAGCUCCGGGCCGCAGACAGCAAUGACUUCCUUAUAGACGAGAACGGCCCCGAGCUGCUUCCCCGUGUGAGCAUGCUGCUGCUGCUGACCAGAGUGAUUUCCACAGCGACGCCGAGACUCCAGGUGUUGGCGUCUCAGUGCCUGACCGCGCUGUGCGCCAGUGCCGGAGGAGGAGACGGCUGCACGGUGGCAGAGCAGCAGGAGAUCGACGUGCUGCUCAACGCCCUCCUCUCACCCUGCUUCUGUGUCCGCGAUGCUGCCCUCAGGGGAUUGCUGGAGAUGGAGUUUGCUCUGCCCACAGAGAGCUCGGAGGCCAGCGGGCUGAGUUUGCUGCGCAGGCUUUGGGUCACCAGGUUUGAUGUUGAGGAGGAGUGCAGAGACUUGUCUGAAAGGCUCUGGGAGUCUCUGGCUCUGGAGUUGGUCCCUGAGCUCUGCUCCCUGCUGAUCGGAGACGUCACUCACCACGAGGAGGCGGUCCGCUCUGCUGCAGCCGAGGCUCUGUCCAGCGCCGUGUCCCAGUACAGAGACCAGUCUGCCACCGUGUUGGGCCAGCUCAUCGAGCUCUACCACAAGAAGCUCUAUAGACCGCCUCCUGUGCUGGAUGCUCUGGGCAGAGUCAUCUCUGAAGCUCCACCUGACCAAUGGGAGGCCAGAGGUGGCAUCGCUCUGGCUCUGAACAAGCUGUCCCAGUUCCUGGACGUGUUGCAGGUCACGCCUCUCUUCCUCUUCUUUGUUCCUGACGCUCUGAACGACCGCCACACUGAGGUGCGGCGCUGCAUGCUGGACGCUGCCCUCUCUGCGCUCAACACACACGGAAAGGACAAUGUGAGCUGCCUGCUGCCAGUGUUCGAGGAGUUUCUAAAGGACGCCCCGCAGGACGCCAGCUACGACUCCGUCCGUCAGAGUGUGGUUAUCCUCAUGGGCUCCUUGGCCAAACAUCUGGAUAAAAAUGACCCCAAGGUCAAACCCAUCGUGGCCAAACUCAUCACCGCUCUGUCGACACCUUCACAGCAGGUCCAGGAGUCUGUGGCCGGCUGUUUGCCUCCUUUAGUCCCCGCCAUCAAGGAGGACGCUGCAGGGAUCGUGAAGAACCUGCUGCAGCUGCUGCUGGAGAGCGACAAGUACGCAGAGAGGAAGGGGGCGGCCUACGGACUCGCCGGACUCGUCAAAGGUCUCGGGAUCCUGGCGCUCAAACAGCAGGGCAUCAUGGCCACGCUGACCGACGGCAUCCAGGACAAGAAGAACUUCAGGCGCAGGGAAGGUCAGAUGCUGUGGCCAACUAUGUUUGGGAAGCUGUUCGAGCCCAUGUUGGUCCACGUCUGGCCGCACCUCCUGCUCUGCUUUGGAGACGGAAACCAGUAUGUCAGAGAGGCUGCAGAUGAUUGUGCCAAAGCUGUGAUGAGGAACUUGAGCGCCCACGGGGUGAAGCUGGUCCUUCCUUCCCUGCUGGUGGCCCUGGAGGAGGAGUCCUGGAGAACUAAAGCAGGCUCCGUGGAGUUGCUUGGUGCCAUGGCUUUCUGUGCACCCAAGCAGCUGUCCUCCUGCCUGCCCAGCAUCGUGCCCAAGCUGACCGAGGUGCUGACCGACUCCCAUGUGAAGGUGCAGAAGGCCGGCCAGCAGGCCCUCCGCCUCAUCGGCUCCGUCAUCCGCAACCCCGAGAUCCUGGCCAUCACUCCCAUCCUGCUGGACGCGCUCACUGAUCCGUCCAGGAGGACUCAGACCUGCCUGCAGACGCUGCUGGACACCAAGUUCGUGCACUUCAUCGACGCCCCCUCCCUCGCCCUCAUCAUGCCCAUCGUCCAGAGAGCCUUCCAGGAUCGCUCCACUGACACGCGCAAGAUGGCCGCUCAGAUCAUCGGAAACAUGUACUCCCUCACUGACCAGAAGGAUCUGUCUCCCUACCUGCCGAGUGUUAUUCCCGGUCUGAAGGCCUCUCUGCUGGAUCCGGUGCCUGAGGUGCGUACAGUCUCAGCCAAAGCUCUGGGAGCCAUGGUGAAGGGGAUGGGUGAAUCCUGCUAUGACGACCUGCUGCCGUGGCUGAUGGAGACUCUGGCCUCGGAGCAGAGCUCUGUGGAUCGCUCUGGAGCUGCACAAGGUCUGGCUGAGGUGAUGGCUGGACUGGGAGUGGAGAAGCUGGACAAGCUGAUGCCAGAUGUGGUGCAAACAGCCAGCAAGAUCGACAUCGCCUCCCACGUCAGAGACGGAUACAUCAUGAUGUUCAUCUACCUGCCGCUCACCUUCGGAGACAGGUUCACUCCCUACGUCGGGCCCAUCAUCCCCUGCAUUCUCAAGGCUCUGGCCGAUGAGAAUGAAUACGUGAGGGACACGGCGCUGCGAGCCGGCCAGCGCAUCAUCAGCAUGUACGCUGAGACGGCCAUCGCUCUGCUGCUCCCUGAGCUGGAGCAGGGUCUGUUCGACGACCUGUGGAGAAUCAGGUUCAGCUCCGUGCAGCUGCUCGGAGAUCUGUUGUUCCACAUCUCCGGAGUGACGGGGAAGAUGACGACAGAGACGGCUUGUGAGGACGACAACUUUGGAACAGCUGCUUCCAACAAAGCCAUCAUCGGAGCGCUUGGUGGCGAGCGGCGUAACCGGGUCCUGUCUGGGCUCUAUAUGGGCCGCUCGGACACGCAGCUGGUGGUUCGACAGGCUUCCCUCCACGUGUGGAAGAUCGUGGUCUCCAACACCCCGAGGACGCUGCGAGAAAUCCUCCCGACCCUCUUCACGCUGCUGCUGGGCUUCUUGGCGUCCACCUGCCCCGACAAGAGAACGAUCGCCGCUCGCACGCUGGGGGACCUGGUGAGGAAACUGGGAGAGAAGAUCCUCCCGGAGAUUAUUCCCAUCCUGGAGCAGGGACUGCGCUCCGACAAGAGCGACGAGAGGCAGGGCGUCUGCAUCGGCCUCAGCGAGAUCAUGAAGUCCACCAGCAAGGACGCCGUGCUCGUCUUCUCCGAGUCUCUGGUCCCCACGGUGAGGAAGGCUCUCUGCGACCCUCUGGAGGAGGUCCGAGAGGCUGCAGCCAAAACCUUUGAGCAGCUCCAUGCGACCAUCGGCCACCAGGCGCUGGACGACAUCCUGCCCACCCUGCUGAAGCAGCUGGACGACGAGGACACCGCUGAGUUCGCUCUGGACGGCCUGAAGCAGGUCAUGGCGGUGAAGAGUCGCUCCGUGCUGCCGUACCUGGUUCCCAAGCUGACUGCCCCCCCCGUGAACACACGUGUGCUCGCCUUCCUGUCGGCUGUGGCCGGAGACGCUCUCACACGCCACCUCGGGGUCAUCCUGCCUGCACUGCUCUCCUCUCUCAAAGGGAAGCUGGGAACAGAAGAUGAAGCUCAGGAGUUGUGCAGCUGUCAAACGGUGAUCCUGUCGGUGGAGGAUGAUUUGGGCCAGCGGAUCAUCAUCGACGACCUGCUGGAGUCCACGCGCGGCGCCGACCCCGGCAUCAGACAGGCCGCCGUCACCGUCCUCAACGCCUACUUCGCCCGUACCCGCCUGGACUACAGUGCGCACACUCGCAAUCUGCUGUCAGGCCUCAUCCGCCUGCUCAACGACACCAACCCCGACAUCCUGGCUCAGAGCUGGGACACCAUCAACUCCAUCACUAAGAGGCUGGAUGCGAGCAGCCAGCUGGCCAUGAUCGAUGACCUGCAUCGAGACAUCAAAUCAGUCGCUGCAGACGUUAAGGGGCAGCACCUGCCUGGUUUCUGUCUGCCCAAGAAGGGUGUGACCUGCAUCCUGCCCAUCCUGAGAGAAGGCGUCCUCACCGGGACGCCUGAGCAGAAAGAAGAGGCAGCCAAAGCUUUAGGAGGCAUCAUCAAACUGACGUCGCCGGAGGCGCUGCGGCCCUCUGUCAUCAACAUCACAGGCCCGCUCAUUCGUAUCUUAGGAGACCGCUUUGCCUGGACGGUGAAGACGGCUCUGCUGGAGACGCUCACGCUGCUGCUGGCAAAGGUGGGCAUUGCCCUGAAGCCCUUCCUGCCUCAGCUGCAGACCACCUUCCUGAAGGCCCUGCAGGACUCGAGCCGUGCCGUGAGGCUGAAGGCGGCUGAGGCUCUGGGCCAGCUGGUCUCCAUCCACACCAAGGUGGACCCGCUGUUCACUGAGCAGCUCUCUGCCAUCCGCAACGCUGAGGACGCAGGAGUCAGGGAGACGAUGCUCCAAGCCUUGAGGUUUGUCAUCCAGGGGGCCGGGUCGAAGGUGGACGCAGCAAUCCGCAAGAACAUCACCACAACAUUACUCGGCAUGCUGGGACACGAUGAGGACGCGACCCGUAUGGCGUCGGCCGGCUGCGUUGGUGAGCUGUGUGCCUUUAUGUCGGAGGAGGAGCUGAAGAGUGUGUUACAUCAGCACAUCUUGGCCGACGUGUCCGGCGUGGACUGGAUGGUGCGUCACGGUCGCAGCCUCGCCAUGGCCAUCGCUGUCAAGUGUGCGCCUGAGACGCUGUGUGGGGACGAAUACUGUGACUCUGUGACGGAGACGAUUCUGACCAACGCCACCGCUGACAGGAUUCCCAUCGCCACCAGUGGGAUCAGAGCGAUGGGAUACCUGAUGAGGCAUCAACUGAGAACCGAGGGAGGCAGCAGUGUUCCCCAGCGCUUCAUCACGCAGCUGGUGAAGUGUCUUCAGAACCAGUCCAGUGACAUCAGACUGGUGUCGGAGCGGGUGCUGUGGUGGGUGUUCAAAGAGGCGGCGACGCCCUCCAUGGAGGCCAGUCUCAUCAAGCCCCUGCUGAAGAGUCUGCUGGACAACACCAAAGACAAGAACACCAGCGUGAGAGCUCAGAGCGAGCACACCAUCAUCAACCUGCUCCGACUCCGACAGGGAGAGGAAACCAUGCAGAGUGUUUCUGCCAUCCUGGACUCUGCGAGUAACGACCUGCUGUCCGAGUGUCACCGCCGGUCCUUGAAGAAAAUCGCCUGCCAGCCCGACUCCAAUGAAGAGAUAGACGACACCAUCCUCACGUGAUGGAGCAGGACUGAGCUUUGAAAUGAUCUCCUGUAAACCCCCGACACUCGCCACACAUGCCCAUGUUGCCUUUCAUGGAUGAAGGCUGAGCCGAGUUGUUUCCCCGAGUAAUCCCCAACAAAUUCCUUUUUGUUUCUCCUUCGUUUUAGCGUCCUUGAAGCCCAAUUUAUAACUUCUUUUCAAUUUUAUCUCACAACGUGCAGGUUAUCCUCCUGCACUGACACGUUCGGAAGCCACAAUACCAAUUCUGUUUUGAUGUUUAAAUGUUUUGCUACUUAAUUUUACCAAAAUGAUUUCAAGCAUUUAAGACGCCGCUGUAAUAAAAGGAAACCCCUGUCUUUAACUUUUAUUUGGACUUUGUGUGUGAGAGGUGUUUGGGGGGGAAAGCAAGCAACCUCUUAUCAGAAUAAAAACCAUUCUUAUGUCAGUGAUACGGUUGUAAAACAAAAUGACAAUACGAAAUAAAAAGAUCUUGAUUUCAUAA